AUGACCGUCAACACAAGCGGCUAUGUGUUCAUGAUGAACGGAGUAUGCAUCAGCUGGAAAAGCCAGAAACAACGGACGGUCGCGCUAUCUUCAACAGAAGCAGAAUACAUGGCGCUUUCCGAAGCAACCAAAGAAGCAGUAUGGCUCAAGGUGCUUUUGGGGGAACUUGGUGAGAUGACAAGCGACGAAGCGAUCAAGAUGUAUGAAGACAACCAAGGAUCAAUCGCUCUCGCCAAGAACCCGGAGUUCCAUAAGAGAACAAAACACAUCGACAUACGCUACCAUUUUGUGCGUGAGAAGGUGGAAUCAGGUGAAGUCGUUUUGGAGUAUUGCCCGACUCAAGAUAUGCUGGCAGACAUGAUGACCAAUCCGAUCGCCGCUGUACAAUUUGAAAACAUUCGCGAUCGACUUGGGAUCCAAGGUGCCGCAGCUAACGAGUCGAGAGGGAGUGUUGAAAAGACAGCGGCUGUGAAGAAGACACCUCGUCAAGCUGCGUCAAGUGUUGAAGCAAGUGGAAGACCAAGCUUCGCUAUACCGGUGGGUACCGGUAUGUACCAGUAA